UCCGAAAGAGAUUUGAGGAAAUCUCCGCGACCUCUCUCCCCGCUCGCGCCGGCGAAAAAACCCUAAGGGUAGAGAAUCCAUGGACCCUCAGCCUGAACCAGUCAGCUACAUCUGCGGAGAUUGCGGGAUGGAGAACACGCUGAAGCCCGGGGACGUCAUCCAGUGCAGGGAGUGCGGCUACCGCAUCCUCUACAAGAAGCGAACCCGCCGAAUCAUUCAGUAUGAGGCCCGCUGAAAGAACUUGAGGAUUCGAGCUUUAAUUGCCGUACAGACUUCUUUGUCAUUGUGACUGGGGCACGCUGUAUGUCUUUGGAAGGUAGUCAUUAAAAAAAAAAAACAGAGAGGUAACUGCUAUGCAGUAAGCAUGUGUGAGUGCCAACUUGUCAAAGUGUGGAUAAUGUGGAUAUAUUUUUGGAGUCCCUAUUAAAUGUGUACUGUGACACCGGUAUGUUCUAAUUUUUUUCUCUGGUGGGAGCAGAUUUGUCUGUC